AUGGCUUCGAACGAUGGCAUCUACGAAGGUCCAACCAGGCUUAGCACCUCCUUUGCAAAAAAUUGCUCUGCGGCUCUGCCCUGCCACUCUGCCUGUGCCUUUGCUUGCUGUGAGUUGCUAGGCAAUGGUGGGGUGGGUCUAGCUUGGUGCUCAGAUGCGAAGGCAGUGAUGGAUGCUGAAGGUAUUGUGAUCAUUGUGAUGCGUCUUGAGCAGUUGAGUGAGCAGGGUCUGUUCGCGAAGCUGUGGGUGACCUUCAUCAUCUUGAGGGAGAUGGCGCGGUUGAAGGCGCCGCUCGACGACCUCCACCUGGUCGAGUUCGAGGGCCGUGGCCUGAAAGCGGACGAGUUCCGCUACCUCGCUCAGAGG